GCUGAAAUUUACGACGAAGGAAAUUUUCAGGAGGAACAUGUGCAAUUUCUCAACGAAAUUUAAAGCAUAUUCCUUGUUAUAAUCGAUAAUUUGCGAUCAGUUUCAAAUCCUAUUUUGAGUUUCUAUCAACAACAGUUUCCAGCUGUCAACUUCAUAAAUCGAAUUUUGGUAAAGCGAGGGAAAGGUCAAUGAAGAUGGUUGAUAGUGGAACACCACUAUGUGUGAGUGCAGAGAGUAUUGCAGAGGAUGACACAUUCUUCAGAAAAAUGUUGGGACUUGUUCAGCAUCAAACCCCGCCAACGCCUGAAAUGACAAAGCAAAAGGAAAGCGAAGAUGAAACACCAAAUCAGGGUCCAACGGUGCCACAAGAAGGUUUGGUGAAAAACAAAAAACAGAAACAAAAUAAGCUGAAGAAAAAACAGAAAAGAAAAAUUGUUGAUGAUAGUGAUGAAACUGAUGAAGUUUCACACACAAAGAUAAAGGUGAAGAAGCCGCGUCUUGUUAAUGAUGAGAAACCAACAAACAACAGUGAUCUGGUUCCGUCGACGCCGAAUCCCGCUGACAUGCUCCUGACAUCCAGCAUUGCAGAGAUGGACGAUAAACGUGCCAGGCUACGAGCCAAGAUUGAAGAAUUGCAAGUUAAGAGGAAGUUGAAUGACAGUGAACGACUCGACAAGAAGCGCCUAAAGAGAAAGGAAAGCAAGAUGAAGUUAAAACAGAAAAGAAAAAUGGAGAAAUUGAUAAAAGUUAAACCAAUUGUAAAUGGCGGUGAUAAAACAAAGGGGGGUAAUACAUCCGGUGAAAGUGCUACACCAAAACCUAUUUACAAUAGUGAAGGGCAGUUGGUGUUCAGUAAGUUUGAUUUCACUGCAUCAGGAAAGAAGGCAAAAGGCGGGAAAAGUGAUUUGACAGGUAAAGACUAUAAGCGAUUACUUGAGAAGAUCGAAAAACGUAAUGAAAAGAUUAGGAAAGUUGGUAGUAAGGACGAAGGGGCAGCUAAGUCGCUUCAGGAGAAGUUUAAGUGGGAAAGUGUGCUUCACAAAGCUGAGGGAGAAAAAGUUAAGGAUAAUCCUGAACUGUUGAAGAAGGCGCUGAAGCGGAAAGAAAAAAUCAAGGAUAAGAAGAAACAGAAAUGGGACGAACGAAAAAGUUCGACGAAAAAGUUGCAGGAUGAUAAACUGAAGAAAAGAAAUGAGAAUAUUCAGAAGCGGAAACAAGCCAAUAAAGACAAGAAAGUACAAAAGGCGAAAAAGAAGGGUCGUAUUUUGCCGGGGUUUUGAAAAUAAGAUUUUUUAAAUUUGGUGUACAUAGUAAUAUAGUGGAAGAAUAAAUCUUUAUA